ACUACCUUGUAAAUCAUUAUGUUCAGGAUGGCGCAAGAACUGGCGCAUCUGAACCCGCACUGGAGCGACGAGAAGAUCUACCAAGAGACGCGGAAGAUCGUCGGCGCCAUGUUGCAGCACAUCACCUACCGAGAGUUCCUGCCCCUCGUCUUAGGAUCAGAAGUGAUGCGUUUGUUCGAGCUGGAUCUCGUGAAGAAGGGCUACUUCAAGGGCUACAACCCCAAAAUCAACCCCAACCCCGCGAGCUCCUUCGGGUCUGCUGCCUUCCGUUUCGGCCACAGCCUCGUGCAGCCCUCCAUGGUCAGGUUCGACAGGUUCCACAGACCCAUCGCUAACAAUGUAUCUCUACACAAUGAAAUAACCAAUCCAUCCAACAUCUGGAGCAUGGGCGCAGUAGACCGGCUGCUCAUCGGCAUGAUCAACCAGCCCAUACAAAAACGGGACGAGUUCAUCACCGAGGAACUAACCAACCAUCUCUUCCAAACACCACAUUUCGACUUCGGUAUGGAUUUAGCUGCGAUCAAUAUACAAAGGGGAAGAGAUCAUGGAGUUCCUCCAUACACCUCCUGGAGAGAGCCUUGUGGACUCUCAGCUAUUACCGACUUCGAGGACUUGGUCAGGGUCAUGCCAAAGAGAGUGGUACGGAAACUAAAAAACUUGUACAGACAUGUGGAUGAUAUAGACCUGUUCACUGGAGGCAUGGCCGAAAGACCUGUGAUAGGCGGCCUAGUGGGACCGACUUUUGCUUGUAUAAUCGCACAACAGUUUUCGAACAUGCGCAAAGGAGAUCGAUUUUGGUAUGAGAACGGUGGUUUCGAAUCUUCUUUCACGCCGGCGCAAUUACAACAAAUCCGCAGAAUAUCCCUCGCCCAAAUACUCUGCCGCACCCUCGACACCAUCGUCAGCGUCCAACCCUUCGCUUUCCUCUCACCUGACAACCCUGACAAUGAAAGAAUUUCUUGCCAAAACGGACUAUUAAAUAACUUUGACUUAUCACCUUGGAUCGAAAUAGACUCCGACUCUAACAACGACAUCCAAAAAUCUGACAACGACCUUUCUACUUUAAAACCUAAUACAAAAUCAACUACGACUAGACCGACCUCGACUAAAAAGAGCCAAAAACUGACAUCGACCGUUAAUAAAGCGCCACAAAGACCCGUAAACCAAACGACUAGACCGCAUAAAGUUAGUCAUAAACUUAAUAACACUGACUUGGCAAAUGACACAGACAAACCGACUGCAAAUACUACAAGACCUAAACCGACAGUACAAGCCAUUGACGACAAACUUGACUUUAAAAACAAAAGUAGACGUUACAGUGACUUUGAAAGUAUAAUAACGAGACAUCGCGCACCCACCAGGUACUACAACAACUACAACGAUUACGACGACAACGUGCAAAGCGUACAAUCAUUACUAGUUAACAAUUUACAACAAAAACGACCAUAUAACAGACCAGUAAUAACUGUGACUGAAAACGUAGACAAAUACACUUAUCUAAUCAACUAUGUACCGAGACCAACACAGUCCUGGAGACAGACAACGAGAAAGACACACGACAGAGACGUAGUGAAAGUUACAUAUCAGACUUACGACGACACUUACGACCGACGACCAAACAGACCAUAUUACUAUGACAGUAGACGACCAAACAAACCAUACUACAACAGAUACGACUCGGAAGACGACAUCGACCCUUACAGACGUGACAGUUCAGACACGAAACUGACAUAUAACUUUAAUUCAACAGCUAGAUCUAAUAACAAGGAAUUAAAUAAAACCAAACUCAAUAUCACGACUUACAAAACUGAUAAAAUCGAAUCUACAACUGAAAACCAAUACAAAUUGACGACUUUUAGCUACGUAGGGACUUACAGAGGUGAUACUGACAAAAUGACUAAAAUUGACAAAACCGAUACUAAUGACAAACAGGACAGUAUAAGUAAAGACUUUACGACAUUUGAAUCGAAAGAUAUUGAUCGCGACAAAGGUCCAGUAUCUAAUACGGACAAAAUAUCAACAUUCUACCUUUACGAGACUGCAACAAAACCUUACAAUUUGAACAGACCGACAAGACGUAACGACGAAGAACAAAUCAACAUGAGAAAUAAAAAUAAAUAUUAUUAUGUUAGGAAUGUUUUACACAAAUAUCCUGAUACAGAUUCCACUAUAGCUAAAAGAAAUACAGCAACAAACGAUGGUAUGGUGAAGGAGAACCACAACAGCCCUGGAGUCCCCAACUUUGGUAUAGAGGAAAGAUCCGCCGCAGACAAAGUUCCAUCUUUAGCUGCAAAAGAGACCAAAACACACACGGAUAGAUUUAAAAUUAAAGUUCAGAAACCUUCAAAUCCACCAAAAAUGCCUUCAGUGGCAUUUCAAAUUAUACCCAGUGAAAACAGCCCAUCACAGUGGGCAGUUUACGAAGAGAACGACGACUUACCUGAAGGUCUACCGCAGCGGAUGCCCUCACUAAAGAUUGAUCCUCACGCGUUAAGAGAAAUACCUAGACCUAUAAACUUAUCGCGUCCCGUGAAGCGGCGCCCGGGGGGGAGGUUGUAGGGAAAAUAUGUAUACAAAAUUUGGUGCUUGCUUUAAUUUAACAAGGCGUCUUCAAUAAAUCAAAAUUAAAGACGCCACGUUGAUAUUUUUGAUGAAAAUAUGUUAUAAUUUAGGAUAAAAUCCUUUCAAUAUGACAAACUGUGACCGACAUGACACAACUGCGACAGAAAUGACAUGACAUUACUCGAAAAACCUUGACAAAACAUGAUAACAGUUGUUUAAAGACAUGACAACAUAAAGAUUUUGCACUUGAUUAAUUUAGAGUGGACAAAUAUAUCAAUUGCUAUUUGUUUAUAAAGAUUACCACCACUAUGUGUUAUGUAUUGAAGUUGUGUUUUAACUCAAAAACAUAUACAUAAGUUAUACUAGGUAUUGAGUAUUGAGAUACAAUACAGCUAUGAUUUGGAAAAACCGAGACAACAAAGGGUUUCAAUAAUCGAUAAAGGUAGUUUGCACAUGCGUCAAUAUCUCAUUUCUCGUUCACGUAUUGAAUUGACUAACGCAAUACCUUUGAGCGCAAUAAGAUGAAUGACUAAAAACGACUCAAAAACUACUUGACUGUUUAAAACUGACUAUUUGACUACACUUACCAUAUUCUUAACUGAGAACUGACUGAUCCUUGAAAUGACAUGACCAUGCGAUAAUUUUUCUCCACAACAGCUACUAAACUUACGACUUUACUCAAACCUGUUCAAUUGACAAAAAUAUACAAAAUGUAUGAGUGACCAGACAGCAUUUGCUUAGUACAUCAAGCAUUUUGCAAAAUACAAUUUGAGACUGAGAAAGUGACAAGGAAAUUAAAGACAGAUAUUUGAUAGACUUUUAUUAUAUAAAUUGUCAUUUACAUUGACUGAAUAUGACAUUAUGGUAACACUACAAUAUACAUGAAUUAAUAAUUUAAAAGUUACAUUAUAUGAAUAAGUUAUAAAGUUAUUGUAGAUUAAGUAAAUAAUUCACAAGCCCCAUCAAAUGGAUGUAAUGCUUCGUAUGUUUGAAUAUUGAAAUUCAAAAGCUGUGAAUAAAAAUUAAAAUUAAA